GUUCAGCGUGCGGAGGUAGAAAAAGAACGCGUUGAUACCAACAAUAUGGCGACCAUGGAUCAAAAUUCCAAUUCAGUCCUACAAGGGAUUGCCCGGCAUGUUAACUGUUUAAGUGAAGAAAACCGAAAUACAAGAAAGCGAGCACUGGAAGGAAUACGAAAAGACACCAUUGGUCGGAAGCCCCCUCUUGAACAAGCGGAAAUUCGGGUCAUUUUCAGUGAAAUAAUCAAACCUUUGUUAAAAUGCUUUUCGGACCCCGUAGAAAAAUGUCGACAACUUGCUGUUCUUACAGUGAAAGAAUUUUUACAAGCCAUCCCAGAGCCACAGGAAAGCCUCCCUUACAUCGCCCCGAUUCUUGUUCAGCGUCUUGGACAGCAAGAUAUCGUAGAAACCUCAGAAGAAUUGCGAUUAGAUUUGAUAGGACUUUUGUUGGACAUUGUGGAAUUUUCUGGAAAGAAAAUGGCAGCUUACUUAGAUGAUUGUAUAAAAAUACUAACGAAAACAAUUAUAGAUCCAUUUCCGGACGUGAGGAAGGAGAGCUGCAAAUGUGCAGCUAAACUGGCGAAAGCCAUACCAGAAUACUUCCAGAUGAUGUCAGAGUCACUUAUCAAACCACUGCUGAUGACCAUCACACACCAACAUUCACGGGUCAGAGUCAUCGUCAUAGAAACAAUAGGUGACGUGAUUUUGUAUGGUAAUGGUAAGUCUGUGGAUACUGUUGUUUCCCACCUUGCCCAGCGAUUGUUUGACCAAUCACCUGCUGUCAGGAAGGCUGUAAUUAAAGUUGUGGGGACUUGGCUACUUGACUUACCUGACCGCUACUCCUUUCACCACAAGCUGAUUCCUCUCCUGUUGACCGGCAUCACAGAUGAACAGCCAGACAUUCAGGAACUGGCAGACACCUUGUGGUAUGAUACAGGUUUGAAAUAUGAAAAAGAGAAUGAAGAGGAACUAAAAGAUAAAAUUGACUUUGAAAAGGAGGCACCUCAGCAUUAUCCUCCAAAUGUGGAACGACCAAAUUUUGGAUGCCGCACAUUGAUGAUGCGCCACUUUUCAAAGAUACUGCCAGGGUUGAUGCGUGAUGUAUUGGACUGGGUAGUGGAGACACGUAUCAAGUCUGCCUCACUGCUCUACACUCUACUAAUCAAUAGUGAGGACUACGUGACACAACACCUGGAGCCCCUCCUCACCGGAAUGUACCGAGCCUCAGUAGACGAGGAAAAGAGUGUUGUCAUGGAUAUGAAAAAGUCUGCAGUGCUGGUUGGAUAUUUUGUGUCUCCAGACAUAUGGUCCAAACUAGUGUUCAAAGCUGUGAAAACAACCCAGUCCUUUGGCUGUGUAAUGGUUUUAGGGGGAGUGAUCAAAGGCUCAGAGCGUGCUGCACUUCAGCCGUACCUCGACAGUGUGUGUGACGUCAUUCUGUCUCCAGAUGUGUGUCACACCAUUCAAGUACAGAUGCACAUGGAGCUGUUGUCAUGUGUGGAGGGAAUACUGACCGUUGUCCAGGAGGACACUGGACCAGUCAGUCAAAAACUCUUCAAUCUACUUCUCACUAUCCUGGCUCAGGCUCAGAAUCAGGAAACAGCCGACAAGGUUUACCAGCUUCUUGAUGAGCUUUGCAAAGUCCAGACCCUCGAGUCGAGAGUACAACUCUUUAGCUGUCAUACCCAGCCCCUCCUUCUCAGCUUUACAGAGACAUUUGAGAUGUGGAAUCUUCACUCAGUGGAAAGACAGAUCUUUGACACACUGAUCAUAGAAGCAGGGCCUGUGAUAGGUGACCUUCUAGAUGAUAUCAUACCAGUUAUGGUAGCCAACCUAAAUCCUGAGAAAGACCCUGAGGUGCGUCUGAAGUUCUUCUCACUGCUGUCCAAGCUGGUGAUGAAUGCAACUACCACCAUUGACUCACAGAAAAAGUUUGGAGACUUUGGUGCCAUUGUUGUUAAGGACAUGAUCAUCCCCAACUGUGUGUGGAGUGCAGGGCGUACAGCAGGAGCCAUCAGGACCACAGCCGUCUCCUGUAUGUGGGCACUACUCCAGAGUGGCCUACUUGCUCCAGAAAAGCUGGCCCCAGUUGUGGAGGACCUCCUAACCCAGAUCAUCACAGCGAUGGAUGACACCAAUAAGAGUACACGUCUCAUUGCCUGCCGAGUAAUGACAAGAGUGUUUGAGCUGAGUGGUCCCUCCUUGGAACUCGACCGCCUCCACAACAUGUAUCCAGAGUUGUUAAAGCGCCUUGAUGACAGUGAUGAUGAGAUUCGAAUAACAGUGGCAAAGACAUGGCUAGGGUACCUGGGUAGCUUUGCUGGUCGCUAUGAUGCUGGUCUGUAUAAGGCCCAUGUGGAAGCUAUAUACAAGGGGCUACUAGUCCAUCUAGAUGACCCUGACACCAGGAUACAGAAGGCAAUCUUAGAGGUGUUGAGUUCGGCUGCGGCACUGAUCCCAAACAUGCUGAUAGGAGCCAUAGAGGACAUCAAACAUAAACACCGGUCGCAGCGCUACUGUGAGGAACUGUUGUCCUACACAAAGACACUCAUCUCGUCAUCCUAAUCGAUCUAGCACGUUUCAUAAUCAUUUUCAUUUGUAUUGAUGCAAGCUUCUUAUUGCAAUACUAUUUAUUUUGUAAUAAAUUUGUGAAAACAA